GCGGGAUUUGGAGACACUCGACCUCCGGGUGAUGAAACGAAAGAACCGGCGGUGGGAGGAAGGGAAGGAAAGUGGGAAGGAACACGGCUGUGUGCACACUCCUCCCUGGCUAAUAGCACGACUGGUGGCCACCGCUCCACCCAGCAGCUCCCACAGGAUGUCCAAUGUCAAUAUUUGAUGGCAACCGCGCAGCACUAUCUGUGAAUUAGAACUAAAAAGUAUGGAGUUAUGAAAGUGGUGGCGUGAAGGAAGCAGGUGUCCCAUUCGAACAUUGGCAGACAAGUGGGAGGUCAGGAAAGGAUGCUGGAAGCAGAUGCAGACCCAGCAGGCACUAUAGUGGAAGGAGAAGGGGAAGCAGAUAUGGGAAGUGUAGACUUGAAUACGGAGGUGGUACGGCUCACCCUGGAGCUUCAGGAGGCUACAGAGGAGAAGCAUCAGGCAGCCCGCUAUGGCCUGGUCGUGCUGGAGGAAAGUGCUGCUCUCAAGGUGAAACACAGGCAGCUGGAAGAAGAACAUGAAGCCCUCAGAUUGGAACUGCAGCAGCUCAAAGAGGCAUUUGCAGAUUCUGUGAGCAGCCAGAAGCGCGCAGCUGCUGAUGGAGAAUGCCGGGAGGAGAAUCUGCUGCAGGAGACUGCCACGAAGGAGGCUGCCAUGGCAACCCGCAUGGAGGAAGUUCAAGCAGAGCUCAAGCAAUCCCGCCUUGCUCUAAGCAAUUCCCAUGCAGAGAUCGAUAGACUUGGGGUGGUGUCUAACCAGUUAAAGAAGGAAUGCGAGUGUCUGGAGGCAGAGAAGGGUCAUCUGAGAGAUGAGAUGAAGGAAUAUAAAGUACGUGAGCUACGCCUGUUGCAGGACAAUGGCGAGCUCGAAGAAGAAAAUAUAUCUUUGCAAAAACAGGUGUCUGUGCUCAAGGAAAACCAGGUUGAGUUUGAAUCAAUAAAGCUAGAACUGACACAGAAGAAUGAGGAGCAGGAUGAGCUACGAGCUCAGAUGGAGGAGGCAGCAAGGCUGAGGCAGAUUGCAGAGAUGCAGCUGGAUGAGGCCCUGGAAGCCCUGAAGGAGGAGAGGGAGCAGAAGAACAGUCUGCGGCGAGAGCUCUCUUCCCUGACCCUUCACCCCUUUGAUGGUGUGGGGAACCUGGAGCUCCACUUGCAGCAGUUGGAUGACAGCCAGGAACAGGGACAGAGGGGAGAGGGAGUAGGUGGAGGUGAGGGAGAGGACCAGGACAGUGGCUAUAACAAUGGUCCUGAGUCCGCUCCCAAUUCUGCUCACCCUCCUCACUUGGGAGGCUCCAAAAGUAACGGCCUCAUCCAUUGCUGCUCUACGCCUCGCAACAACAAUGUAUUCCUGCGUGCUCCAGCAUCUGGGCUGGUUUCGGACCUGCUGAGUGAGCUUCAUUUUUCAGACAGUCAGAAACUGAAACAGCAACUCCUGCAGGCAGAACGAGAAAAGACCACUCUGGUCAGCAAAGUAGAGGAACUUCAGAUGCAGUUGAUGAUGUCCAAGCAGGCACUCAGUCAGCAAGAAGACAAAGUUGGCUCUCUAACUCAACAACUGGAGACUGUGCAUAGCCAGCACAACCAGGAGGCAGAGGACAGGGAAGAUGAAGAGACAGAGAUUGGAGAAGGUGAUACUGGUGUCUUUGACUACGAGGUAGACACCAAGAGCAAAGAGGUGCUGGAGGCCCGUAUGCGUUGCGCCAGCGAAGAGCUUCUGAAGCUGCGUGAUGAACUGUCUCAGGCAGGGGCUCGCUAUAACUCUCUGGAACAACGAUACAAGCAGGAGAAGGAUCACUGGAGAGCAGAGGCCCAGGAGCUGGCUGACAAGAUCCGUCAAUGCAUCAAGUCUAGCAAACAGGACCAGGAGCGCAUCGGUGAGCUGGAGAAGGAGAUUGGUGCCACACGGAAAGUGGCAGUUGAUUCAGAAGGGCACUUGAGCGUGGCCCAGGAAGAGCUGCUGGCCUUCUCUGAGGAGCUGUCCAACCUCUAUCACCACAUCUGUGUGUGCAACAACCUGACACCCAAACGGGUCACCCUUGACUAUUACCGUGAUGGUAAUAGUGCAAGAAGACCACAUGUCUACCCCCAGCACAAUUCCCAGAAGAAGCCUCGAGCCAAUGACAUGUUCAUCUCCAAAGCUGCAGCAUUGCAGUUAAUGGGGGAGGUGGACAGUUCAGGAGCCAGUGUAGACUCUCCAAAUUGCCCCGGGUCACCCACCCUGGAUUUCCGGGACCCAUCCAAUGUUUGCAACCUGGUAGCGGUCAUCCGUUGCCAGAUCAAACACCUCCGGGUGGCAGUGGACCUAUGUCGUCAGAGAGGUGCAAUGCCUUACUCGGGGCUCAGCAGCAGCAGUGGAGAAUCAGAGCGGGAUGCUGAGAGCCUCUUGGAGGAAGUCCUAAAACUCAAGUCCCUUCUCAGCACCAAGAGGGAGCAGAUUGCUACCCUCAGAACUGUCCUCAAGGCUAACAAACAGACAGCAGAGUUGGCCUUGUCCAAUCUGAAAACCAAGUAUGAGACCGAGAAGAGCAUGGUGUCGGAGACGAUGAUGAAACUGCGGAAUGAGCUCAAAGCCCUCAAGGAGGAUGCUGCUACUUUCUCAUCACUCCGAGUCAUGUUUGCCAGUCGUCUGCUGGUUCUCAUGAGGAUUACCAAUCACAUGCUCUGCCCUGUGCCGACAGGGGAAGAGGGAAGGACAGAUUUGUCGCAUCAAGCCAGGUGUGACCAGUAUGUCACUCAGCUGGAUGAGAUGCAGAGGCAGCUGGCAGCAGCCGAAGAUGAGAAGAAGACCCUGAACUCCCUCCUGCGUAUGGCCAUCCAGCAGAAACUGGCUCUUACUCAGCGUUUGGAGGAUCUCGAGGCCCCUCUGUCUCCCCACAGCCUGAGCAGCAGUCCCCGACGCUCCAGGGCUAAAGAACUGGCCACCAAGUCAGGCAGGGCCCCUCGGAGCCCCCGAAGCAGUCCUGCACGGCCGCCGCUGAGGAGCAGCCCACGGGCUAGCCCGGUUCUUGGCAGCAGCGUUCCCGCUAUGGCCACACACCACCUGCGAGCUCUAACCCGAAGUCUCCACACAAGCCCCCGCUGAAACACUCUUUCCAUUACUCCAAUCCCCCUCUUCUCCAUAAGGACCUGUCUCCGUGUUGACUCCCCCGGCUCCCUCCUCCUCCCCUGACUCAAGACAUCAUGUUCAUCCCAGAUAUGAUGCUACAUUCCUCACGCUACCCACCAGAACCAUGGAUAAAAAAAGAAAAGAAAAACAAACAAAAAAAUAAUCUCAUCCUGCCCUUUUUGGUGGUCUUUGCUCGGAGCUUUGCUCGGAGCAGAGAACCCUGCAUGCAGCCUGGAGGAGGAUGAAGAGACCUAUGUGCUGCUCAUUGCUUUGUGAAGUCAUUGACCCUGUCCCGUCCAAAGUGGCUCCACGUUCAUGUAGUCUUGGUCAAGGCUGUGUGUUGUGGUGAACCGCCGAUGACAGUAUUUAUUCCAGAAUGAAACUCUUAUCACGUGCAGUAUUACUGUCUUUAGCCUUCAAGACCACGAUUUGUUUUAAGGCUGAACAUUGUUACACUCUUGCCUGUCAUGUUGUCUGUUGUCACCCUGGCCGGAUCUGUCUGGCGUCCUUUUGUGUCUGUGAGCUUCGCAUCAUCUGUCUGUGAUCUCCCAGGUAGUGAUUUUAGAGAGCAAAUUUAGCUUAUUGGAAUAAGUUCUAUCCUAAACGUAGACAGUUUGCAAUAGUCUGGAGCAGUCUCCCCUUUACUGGUGGUAUAGUCACAUGUCUUUUUUAUAAUCCAGUGACGUGUCUCAGCCGUGCCCUUAAACUAGAGGUUAGUAAACUUGCCGUGUCAUUGAUGGUAAUGGGUCUGCCAUAAGUUCACCACCUCAGGUCCAACAGUGUCAUCAGAAGCAUGAUUCGGGAGAUCUUAAAUGUGCAUCUCAUUUAUUGCAAACUAUGCAGACCUGGUCAGCCUGUGCACUCCUGCUGUUCUUUAUGACCAGGGAUUGGGUUUUGAAAUUUAACUGAGCAGUGGCUGGCGGUGUGUGCGCAGCCCCUUUUUACUAAAGCCAUAUAGCAUCUCUGUCAAUAAUCAGCUUCUGGAAUUCAUCUGGAGGGGCAUCAUGGCACAAAUGCAAGCAUCCCAUUGGCUAAUCAUGUACUGUUCUGGCUGUUUUGAGCUGUGUAACAUCACUCCCCCCCCCCCAAAAAAUGAAUACUAACGUGUUGGGCCAUAAGUCAUGUUAACGGAAUUUCUGCAUCUGCUUUUUUCCACUCCAGCUAAACCAUGGUCUUUGUGUUUUUCUAUUCUUUUAGUCACUAUGCUAUGAAAGUACGCAUUUUGGAAUGUAGUAGUGUCAACCAACAGCACGUUCAUUUUCCUUCUCCUGUGGCUAUAACAUCCAUUGCUUUCAGUUGGUAAUGCUGCUCGUAUGCUGCUUAUAGAAAAAUGGAAUAAUAAUGUCCCAUUGUUACUAAUAGCGUUAAAUUUAGCAGCUCACCAUGACUCGAAGCCGCACUGUGUAACUUUCAAAUAUAAACAAAUGAAUUCAAACCACUGUCAAAUUAGUUUACACAAUGCUGAAUAACCUUGGCUCCACAUGACUCUCUGUGUUUCUCUGUAAAGGAGUGCUUUGUUUUCGUGUCUUGUGACACAGAGGGAUGCGUGUUAGAUCCUGACUGAUGGAGGGAAGGCAGAAGUGUGACAGCUACUCCGAUGAAGCGAUACCUAAACUUAGUGUUUUGCUAUCAGAAGUACAACAAUGGAGCAUUAAAACAAAUCUAAAUGUUUCGUAGUUAAAAAGAAAAAGGGAAAACAAAAACAAAUUACACCAAUUCUUCAAGUACAACUGUCCUGUGGUUUUUGUAAAAGAGGCCACAUCCUGCUGAUUGUGUUUUUUUUAUAUUAUUUUAGUGCCUUGGUUUUGAUUUUGUCUUUUUGUCACAUUAUCGGACAGAGGGCACAAACUAACACUGUAGUUGUAUUUUUAUUUUUUUUCCCUCGUCUCAAUGAAGGAUUUUAUCUGCUUAUGUGAAUCAAAAGAAUUUGUUAAAUCAUUUUCACUUUUUAGCAAGCAUGCCUUGCAUCAGGUCAUUAGUAAUAACUAAGUAAUAAUCGAGUUUCCCCUUAAUUUAAUAGCUCGCCAUUGUUUUAAAAUGGGCUGUUACAGUGAAACAAGUGCUGGAAACAAAAGCAUACCGUUUUGCAAGGCUUUGAAAGUAAAACACAGUUUUUGGCAUGGAUUGUUUAAAAAGUGAAAAUACUUUAACAAAAAUGUAGCUCACUUUGAAGGUUGUAAAUUGCUUAUUCUAUUUAAUUCACUCUGUGCAGAUGUUUGUUUUAAUUUAAGUCCCAUUGCUGUAUAAUAAUUUUUAAUUGUAUUUAUGUGUUCAGAAUUCUGUGUAAAUGGACACACACUCCCUCCGCAGAACACAUUUAGUGGACCCCGACUUUUUAUGUGAAUGCAAGGAGACGCCGUCAUUAACCUGUUAACUGCUUUUGUCAUGACAAAUAAAAGCAAGCCAACACUGAA